AUGAGAGUAUCGUUGGCGUCAGCGGAGGACCGUGCGAGCAGCACCGCCGUCGUAGGGGGAGCAGGUUACCGAGAUGCCGAGUCUCUCUUCCGCACGAAGCCAAUUUCUGAAAUCCGAAAUGUGGAGGCGACAACCAACGACCAGAUCCACGCCAAGAAGGAAGAACUACGUUUGCUCGUUGGCAACCGCUACCGCGAUCUCAUCGACUCUGCCGACUCCAUUGUCUCAAUGAAAUCCUCAUGCGAGUCCAUCACUGCCAACUUAUCCUCAAUUCACCGCAACAUAUUCUCAUUGUCUGUCUCCCCCGUCUCCGACACCCCCAAAUUUGCGUUCCCGAACCCUGCUCGCGUAAAGAUCUACGGGAUCGCCUGCCGCGUCAAGUACUUGGUUGACACUCCCGAGAAUAUAUGGGGCUGCCUGGACGAGUCCAUGUUCUUGGAGGCUGCUGCUAGAUACAUUCGCGCCAAGCACGUCCAACAAAGUCUUAUGAAUGCGGGUGACGCUGGUCCUCUGGACAGCAAGAUCUUGUCCUAUUUUCCUCUCUUACAGCACCAGUGGCAAAUCGUCGAGAGCUUCAAGGCGCAGAUUUCGCAGAGGAGCCGCGAGAGGCUUCUGGAUCGUGGUCUCGGGGUCCGUGCAUAUGCUGAUGCAUUGGCUGCGGUGUCAGUUAUUGAUGAUCUUGAACCUAAACAGGUACUGAUCUUGUUUUUGGAUACUAGGAAAUCGUGGGUAAUGCAGAAAUUGGGUACUUUUGUUCAUGAUGCUAGUGGGUCUGUUGUGGUAUCAGUGUUUUAUGAAGUUUUGAGGAUUAUUCAGGUCAGUGUGGGACAGGUAGGAGAGUUGUUUUUGCAAGUGUUGAACGAUAUGCCUCUGUUUUAUAAAGUUAUACUGGGUUCACCUCCUGCUUCUCAGUUGUUUGGCGGAAUUCCUAACCCUGAUGAGGAGGUGAGGUUGUGGAAGUUAUUCAGGGAUAAGUUGGAGUCAGUAAUGGUAAUGCUCGAUAAAGAGUGCAUUGCCAAGACUUGUUUGACGUGGCUGAGGGAUUGUCGGGUAGAAUUAAUGAAUGAGAUUAAUGGAAGGUAUUUGAUUGAUGCCAUUGCUAGUGGCCAAGAGUUAGCCUAUGCGGAGAAGUUGAUACGUGAUACCAUGGAUAGCAAGGACGUGUUGGAGGGGAGUUUAGAGUGGCUCAAGAGUGUUUUUGGGUCUGAGAUUGAGUUGCCUUGGCGUAGGAUUAUAGAACUCAUUUUGGAAGAUGACUCAGAUCUCUGGGAUGAGAUAUUCGAGGAUGCUUUCACUCAGAGGAUGAAAAAGAUUAUCGACUUGCGAUAUGAGGAUUUGGCUAGAGUGGUGAAUGUGACAGAAUCAGUUCGUUCAGUUGUGGAGAUGUCUGGAGAUCAAACUGACUUCCAGGCUUAUCUGAGUAGACCUUCUACAGGUGGUGGGGUUUGGUUUAUAGAUCCUAAUGCUAAGAAUUCUUAUGGGGUUUCAACUCUUCAAUCACAGAUCGACGAGAAUGAUUUCAGGAAUUGUCUCAAUGCCUAUUUUGGUCCUGAAGUUACUCGAAUCAGAGAUGCAGUAGACAGCUGUUGUCAAACUGUUCUUGAUGAUCUGCUGAGUUUCUUAGACUCUCCGAAAGCAGCUCAGAGGUUGAAGGACUUGGCACCAUAUCUACAAGAUAAGUGUUACCAAAGCUUGUCGGCCAUGUUGACAGAAAUCAAGAAGGUGCUUGAUAGUUAUUGUGCUGCUAUGGAAAGGCGCAGUAAGGAAGGUCAGAACUUGUCCCCAGCUAUAGUUAUAGAAAGAUCCCUUUUCAUUGGGAGACUCUUGUUUUCAUUCCAAAACCACUCAAAACAUAUUCCGGUAUUACUUGGUUCUCCAAGGUUUUGGGCGAAAGAAAUUAAACCUGCCGCUUUCGAUACGUUACCACCCCUAUCGAGGUCGACUAGAGCUACUGAUUCUCCCACAGUUGAUAGUCCUGGAAGGCAAACACCCACUAUCUCUAGAAGACAAACAUCAUAUGCUACUGCUGCUCUGCUUGGAGCCAAUGAAAGUGCAAGCCCUACUCUUGAAGAACUGAGUAGAAUCAUGCGAGAUCUUUGCAUCAGGGCUCAUAACUUGUGGAUAUCAUGGUUAUCUGAUGAGCUCUCGGUUAUUCUUUCCCAUGCUCUUGGGCAGGAUAAUGGACUGUCAGCAACAGCUCCCACUCCCUUGAGCGGCUGGGAAGAGACGGUAGUGAAGCAAGAAGAUUCUGAUGUAAGCCAAUCAGAGAUGAAAAUAUCACUUCCAUAUGUACCUUCUCUCUAUAUUAUUUCGUUUCUGUUUCGAGCAUGUGAAGAAAUCCAUAGAAUUGGAGGCCAUGUGCUUGACAAAUCAAUUUUACAGAAAUUUGCUGCAAGACUAUUGGAAAAGGUUACUGGUAUCUAUCAGGACUUUCUUUCUACAAGAUCUCAAGUGUCAGAGAAAGGAGUUCUUCAAGUUCUGUUGGACCUGAGGUUUACAGCAGAUAUUCUUUCUGGUGGUGAUGGUAACUUCUACGAUGACUUGUCUAGAACUCCUAAGUCAAAAUUCCAUUUCAGACGGAAGCGGGAUGAAAAUCGGGUAAAGUCAGUCAUGAGAGAGCAACUUGACGGAUUAAUUAGUCAGCUUUCGCAAAAAUUGGAUCCAAUAGAUUGGCUUACGUAUGAGCCAUAUCUCUGGGAGAAUGAGAGGCAGUCAUAUGUACGACACGCUGUCCUCUUUGGGUUCUUUGUGCAACUCAACCGGAUGUACAUGGAUACGAUUCAGAAAUUGCCUACUAAUUCUGAAUCGAACAUUAUGAGAUGCUCCACAGUUCCUCGCUUUAAAUACCUUCCAAUAAGCGCUCCAGCGUUGUCCUCAAGGACAACAAAGACAUCCAUUCCAGCCGCUGCUGAUAAUAUUUCUUCUAGAAGUUCCUGGAAAGCUUAUUCAAAUGGAGAUCUUUCUCCAAAGAUUGAAUUAGAUGACAACUCAAAUUUUGGGGUUGCAGCACCAUUCUUGAAGUCUUUCAUGCAGGUUGGCAGCAGAUUUGGAGAGAGCACCUUGAAACUGGGAUCCAUACUAACUGAUGGACAGGUGGGUAUAUUUAAAGACAGAUCAGCAGCUGCCAUGUCAACAUUCGGCGACAUUCUACCUGUCCAAGCUGCAGGUCUUCUUUCAUCCUUUACGGCUAACAGAUCAGAUUCCUGAUACUUGACUGUAUCCUUGGAUCUUGUUUUUUAUCCAAGUUAGAUGCAUCAUUUUCUUUUCUGAGGAACAACUGGAUACUCGAUGAUGUUAAACAGUUGAAGCUAUGAUAUGGAAAUAUGAAUCGCCUCUGAUUCAAGUGAAAUGGGUGGAAAUGAAAUGCGAGUAAAGAUAUUCUGGACAUUUGAAACAUUGUCAUUUUGGGAGGCAGGGAAAAUUCACUUGGAGAAAGUGGGACGCAAAAGACGGCGCUGUCCUUUACAAUCUGUAGAGGAAGAGUUAAAAAUACUGUAGUGAAUGAGAUUUAACUGAUAUAUGUAUAUUGCUUAGGAUACUGUGAAUAUGGAGAAGAAUCAUUUCAAAGCUAUUUGAGGAAGAACGAUGUGAUAGCACAAAGGGAAGAAGUUUUGGGAAAAGGUUCAGUGAAGCAGAGCCAUUAAUUGGGUGUUUGCGUAGUGGUUAUUGAAUCUUGGUAUCAAUUUGGUUCCAGGA